UGUGAGGUCAGUCCAGGCGACGCGCCCGAUGCAGUCGUCCCGCGUCGCCACACACACGCGCAACUCGCACGCUGAUAUCGUGGAUAGUACCGUAAAUAAAUCAAGCCAAGAUGACGGUGAAGAAGCGUGUGUCGGAUCUGACCAGUUUGGAGCGGUUCAAUAUGUACUACAAGGAGCAGGAGCCGAACCUUAGCACCAACGAGAGGAUGCGACGCUUCAUAUGGAACCCUAAAACCAGGCAAUUCUGCGGCAGGACCGGCUCCAGUUGGUCUAAAAUAGCGCUGUUCUACUUCAUAUUUUACGCGGCUCUGGCCAUCUUGGUCGCUAUUUGCAUGUGGACUUUCCUGCAACUCUUGGACCCGAGGCAGCCCAUGUGGCAAUUAGACAAAAGCAUAAUUGGCACCAACCCAGGAUUGGGAUUCAGGCCGUUGCCUCCAGAGGUCAUGAGCAGCGUCAUCUGGUACAAAGGGAAUGAUCCAAGCAGUCACCAAUUUUGGGUGAAAGAACUGUCGAAGUUUCUGAAAGCGUACAAACGGGACGAUAAAAAAGCCGGAGCUGGACAGAAUAUUCACAACUGUGACUUCCAGCAUCCACCGCCAGCCGGGAAGGUUUGCGACGUCGACAUCAGCACUUGGGGACCGUGCGUCGAGGGUAACCACUUUGCAUACCACAAGUCCACACCCUGUGUGUUCCUAAAGCUCAACAAGAUAUACGGAUGGAAGCCACACUUCUACAACAGCUCGGAUAGCUUGCCACCUGCCAUGCCUGAAGACUUGAAAAACCAUAUCAGGAACUUGACGGCACAUGAUAAAAACUAUCUGAACAUGGUGUGGGUGUCCUGCGAAGGCGAAAACCCUGCGGACAGAGAGAACAUUGGCCCUAUUCAAUACCUGCCAAACAGAGGAUUCCCUGGCUAUUACUUUCCAUACACCAACCAGGAAGGCUACCUCAGUCCCCUGGUCGCUGUUCACUUACAGAGGCCGAAAACGGGAAUGCUGAUCAAUAUCGAGUGUCGUGCGUGGGCGCACAACAUCAUGUACGACCGCCACGAGGGCAUGGGCACCGUCCACAUAGAGAUCAUGAUCGAGUAGACCUGCACAGUAACAGGACAGUGAGUGUUGCGAGUGUUUAGUACAUAUCUCUUAUUUAUGUCCUCUUCUAUGUCUGUAUUGAAAUUUAAAUUAAUAGAACACGUCAAAGACUCCUUUCACAACACUUUGAUGAGAAGGCACGAUGCAAGUGGAAAUUUCCAAAGAUCGUAGUUCUUUUAAGAUAUUUAUUCAAAAUUCUUACAAAAUCAGUAACAGCAAUUGUAGUGCCCAAUGCUUUGCUGCAGCAAAGCAUGUGAAAGACCCUUUUGGACACCCCGAUUCUCUAAAAAUUUUGACCAAUCUCGCUAAAAGUAUUUUCGCACCUUUUAACAUCAAAAUCAAUUCUGCAUUUCAAGGUUAUAGUUCGUAUAUUUUAAAUUAACAUUUGAUUUAAAUUAAUUAACAUUUACUCCAAUUCGUUUCCAUUAACUGGAGACAAUCGGUACAAAACAGCACCAAAAAGAUAGAUAGAUACUCUUCAUUGUUUCCUCCAAAAGAUUACAAUAAUAAACUUAAUAUAAAUAUAAACAAUUACAAGAAAUAAUCACAAUGUGACAACAAUGGGCGACCUUAUCGCUAAGAGCGAUCUCUUCCAGGCAACCUUUGGAUGGAGAGGAGUAGUUAUAAACAGUUUGAUCGGAGGCACGAUGAAAUUCUAUUAUUUCUUAAUAUAGAGAUGUGAUACAUGUAAUAAAUGUAAAAUAUAUAUCCCUACUCAUUAUAUACACUUAUAUACUAUUAUAUAUAAUCCUAUCUGUCUUCGAUACAACUUUGAAUUCCAACUUGAAAAUAUUGAUUAUCUAUGAAUCUGUUAUCAGAUCAGCAGUUAACUGUCCACUGCUGAACAUAAGCCUCUCCCAAAAGGGAGGCUGUGUCAAUAGUUCCUACGCUUGGCAAACGAAUUGGCAACAACUAUUAGGGUUUGGUGAUGUUUUACUCUUAAAACGCUGCUACCCAUCCCACGAGCAUUAAAUUCACUUAGUGGCUUCUUACGACAACUACGAUAAAGAAACGGAUGGCCCAUUCUAUGAAGAAAUCACAUGGUAAUCUGCAUCUAAGAAUCUAUAAUGAAGUCUAAUUCCGAAGUUUCGGGAUCACCGAAGGGUCGCAAAAUUUCGGUCGACUUCAGUCCCUAAUGGGGACAAAAGCAUCAGGAGUGUUGUGAAAAGGUAUUUUAUUCUUUAUAGAUUAUAAAGUUAUCUUUGUUUGACAAACAUUAUAUUAUAUUGUAUUGUAUUGUAAAGUAAAGUAUUUUGUGAAAGUAUGUAAUAGUCUCUGAAUGGAAAGCGAACGUGAACGUUACCGUAAUGUUAAUAAGAGUGAGAUUAAUUUGUAAUUUAUUUUAAAACGAAUAUAGUUUGAGAGCAUAUA